CGACUCGUCACCCCUCCACCUAGCUCCUCCUAUCGCUCCGACGAAAGAAUUCGAUCUCGAAGUCGCUCAAUUGACCCGACUAUUACCAUCGCUGGUCGACCGGAUUGUUGAACUCGGUGCUCCGUGCCAUCAGCCCCUGCUUCAUCGCCUCAGACAGGGAUCCUCACCCGCCACCGCCUGUCCCAUCUUGUCCAGCUUGAGGUUUCCCUACACCUCAACAGUUAUACGCCACAUUCACAAUGUCUGCUCGCCCAUUGUCGUCUUGCCUUCGCGCCCGGUGCUCUGCCCUCCGGGCUCAGAAUGUCCAGGGUUUCUCGACCCGCAGCAACCUCCGUGCCGCCGACCACGGUGACCACUAUGAUCCCCCGACUGGAUACCUCUUUGGCCUGAAGCCUGGCCAGAAAUAUCAGAAGGAAGGCUGGGAGAACAUCUGGUAUUACGGAUUCAUCGGCAGUCUGCUAGUCACCGGCGUCGCAUAUGUUUUCAAGCCCGACACCUCGAUACAAACAUGGGCUCUCGAGGAGGCUCGCCGGCGGCUGGAGGCCGAGGGCAUCUUGGAGGACCCCGACAAGGCCCAGCGCAAGUAAAGCGCACUAGUCCAACUUCUCCCUUGUACUUUGUACAUAGAUUGGCCGGGCGUGGAAGACGGUUGUUGAUUGAAUGGUUACACGUGUUAUCAGGCACAUUCCGGUCCGAUCCUAGACAGGGCUUUCCAUUUCACUGUUCGCUUUUCUUUCCUUUCUUUCCUGUUACCUGCGUGUGUCUUGUCGUCUUAUAUCCUUUCAUUGGCUCGCUUUAUGAACUUAGGAGCGGAAGAGAAAAUAAAUCAAGACUCUUUG